UGCACUGCUGAGCCGGCCGGAGGGAGAUGGCUGUUGCACCGUCCGGCCGCCUCUGUGCCCUGUCAGGGCUUGGCGUUCGCGCCCGCCUCCGGGCCUCAGGCGGCGGUUGCGCGCCCCAGUACAGCAGCGCGAGGCGGCAGCUGCCGCAGCGCCGCGCGGGCGGGAGAUGCCGAAGCUGCGCGGGGAGGCUUUCUGGCGGGAGACGCUGCGGAGCGCUCACUACGUGGUGGCGCCCAUGGUGGACCAGAGCGAGCUGGCCUGGAGGCUUUUGAGCCGCCGCCACGGUGCCCAGCUCUGCUACACGCCGAUGCUGCAUGCCCAGGUCUUCCUCAGGGACGCCAACUACCGCCGCGAGAACCUCUACGGCGAGGCCUGUCCCGAGGACCGCCCGCUCAUCGUGCAGUUCUGUGCCAAUGACCCUGAAGUGUUUGUCCAAGCAGCACUGUUGGCUCAGGAUUAUUGUGAUGCCAUAGACCUAAAUUUGGGUUGUCCCCAGAUGAUUGCAAAGAGAGGUCACUAUGGAGCAUUUCUGCAAGAGGAAUGGGAUCUUCUCCAGAGAAUGAUUUUGCUGGCUAACGAGAAGCUCUCUGUUCCCAUCACAUGCAAAAUCCGUGUUUUCCCAGAAAUUGACAAGACAGUGAAGUAUGCACAGAUGCUGGAGAAAGCUGGCUGCCAGCUACUGACUGUCCAUGGCCGUACUAAAGAACAGAAGGGACCACUUGCUGGCGUGGCAUCCUGGGAGCACAUUCAAGCUGUCAGAAAAGCCGUGAGCAUUCCUGUGUUUGCAAAUGGAAACAUCCAGUGUCUCAGUGAUGUGGAAGAAUGUAUCCGUAAGACAGGAGUGCAUGGUGUCAUGACUGCAGAAGGUAAUCUUCAUAACCCAGCUUUGUUUGAGGGCCGAAACCCAUUGGUGUGGGAGAUGGCUGAGGAGUAUCUGGAGAUAGUGCAGAAGUACCCUUGUCCACUGUCUUAUGUUAGGGCUCAUCUCUUCAAGCUCUGGCAUCACACGCUUCAAGUUUACCAGCAGCUGCGUGAAGAAUUAGCAAAAGUGAAGACUCUAGAGGGAAUUGUAGAUGUCAACAGGGAGCUGAAGCUACGAUGCCAGGAAGAAAUAGCUAAUCAGAAAGAAGGAGAAAAGCCAAAAGAAGGGUUGCCUUUUUUCCACUGGAUCUGUCAGCCAUACAUCAGGCCAGGGCCAAAGGAGAGAUGCAAGGAGAAUGGAACCAGGGGGACUGAAAAAGGUGUGCGAGGGAAACGUGCUCUGGAAGAGGAUGAAGAUGGAAAUUCUGAGCUUCUAUCAAAGAAUAAGCAAAAAAAGAAGUUAAGAAAUCCAAAUAAAAGCUUUGAUCCAUCUUUAAAACCCAAAUAUGCAAAAUGUGACCAAUGUGGGAACCCUAAGGUAAGUCAGUGCCAGUGUCUGUUAAAGCACUUCCAGCUGUUUCAUAGCUGGCCAUUUAACACAGCUUGGUGCUUCAACCAUGAUUGUUUGAAAUGGGGCUUGGACUCAUUUUUGUUUUGCCUUUCCAUCAUUGCAAUGUUGCAGGCUGCCCUUUGAGUCUCUAGAAUGGGUCUGUUUUAUUUUUCCCUAGCUAAGUUUCUAAGCUUUGUCAUGUAAGGGCUAGAGAGAAGCUUAAAAAAAAAAAAAAAGAAGAAAGAUGGUUUUAAUUGGUGGGGGGAAAAAAAAGCACUUAAAGCUCAUUAAGCAUGUGUGAGCCAAAGUAUUCGAGACACAGAGUCUGGUUUUGCUGAGCUGUAAAAUAUCCAGCUGAUUUACUGCCCUCCCCUGAAGAAGGGUCAGACCUUUAUAUUUUAAUAUAUACUUCGGUGUAUUUAGUCUGAAAAAAUUGAAAUAAUUGAUGUGGUAACAUUUAUUUAUUUUAGGCAGAGUUGCAGAUGGUACCAAGUAGCUCUGUCAGGCACCUUGUUUCACAAACUACUUUUGUAGAGAAAUACAGCAAGCUCAACUGUAAAAAAUAAUGUAACUCUUGUUCCAAAAUGCUUGUGACAUUUGCCUGCUUAUGGUACAUAACUUGGGCUGCCCAACAGAUUAGUGCUGUUGCAGAAGUGGAUGGUGGAUUUAUUUUUUAUUUUUUUAAUCUUUGUUUCUCUGCCUAAACUAUCGCUAAUAGUUGUGACACUAUCCUCCUCACUCUCCAUGACAUCAGCUCUGUCAUCUUCAUUAGACAGAGGUGUGACUGGCUAAUGUAUGAGUCCAGGUGUUUUUCCUAAAGGUCUGAAUGUACAGAGCUGGAUUGUUGUUGCUUAUUAUAGUUCAAUAAUGAAUUUAUUCUCACUAAUAAACUGAUAUAAGCUUCUUUACACCACCACCCC